AUGUAAAGUAAUAGUAUUAUUGAUGCACCAAUCUAAAAUUUUCCAAAUAGGAAAUUUGAAAGAAUAAAAGUACUUGGAUAAGGUGGAGAAGGGACUGUAUAUUUAUGCAAAUCAAAAAAUUGGGGAAUCAAUGAUUAAAAAUAAUUUGCAUUAAAAUUUCAAUAUUAAUCUAAGGGUGAUGAAAUUUAAUUUAUUGAUAAUCUUAUAGCAUAUUAAAAUCAAUAUGAGAAUUUAAUUAAUUAAGGAAAAUCAAAUUAUUAAUCAUCUGGUUUAAUUAGAAUUUAUGAGAGAUUUUAAUUAAAUAACUAAGAUUUUAUAAUUAUGGAAGCAGGAGAAAUAGAUUUAUAUGAUUAUAUAAAAUAAUAAUAGAAUUUAUCAUUUGAUUAGAAAAUAAAGAUUUUAAUUUAAGUAUAAUAAUAAUAAUAAAUAUUAAUAGAUAACUUAAUCAAUAUAAUAUUUACAUUAAAAUAAUUUAAUUCAUAGAGAUAUUAAACCUGAAAACUUUAUUAAAGUUGCAGAUUAAUUUAAACUUAUUGAUUUUGGAUUAACAAAAUAGAAUUCAUUCAUUUUCAAAACUACUGGAGUAGGAACUCUACUCUUUUAGGCACCAGAAGUUCUUGAAAAUAAAGCUAAUUAUGAUUUUUCUAUUGAUAUUUGGUCUCUAGCAUGUGUUUUUUACGAAAUUCUUUCAGGUCAAGCUUUAUUUAAUGGUAUUAAUUAAAUUUAAAUAGGUGAAAAUUAAAAUUAAGUAGUUUAGAUGAUUUUAGGGUGCAAAUUAAAUUCAAAUUUUUUAAAUGAAAGAUUAAAUAAAGGAAACAUAGAUGAUACAUUAAAAGAUCUUCUAAAGUAAAUGUUAAAAUAUAAUUCUGCAGAAAGGAUUAAAUUAUAGAAAGUUUUGUCUAUACUGGUAGAUUAUAGUAACUCUAAAAGUAACAAUUAAUAACAAUAAUUUAAUAUAUAGUCAAAAUUCCCUAUUUAAUAAGACAAUAAAAUUUUAACCCCUUAAAAUUUUUAAUAGUUUGGAAACUCAAAUUUGUAAUAAAAUAUAAUUACUUAAUAAAUUUAAUAACUACAAGAACAAAUUACAGAUUUUAAUUGUUAACAAACAAAAAAUUAAAAAAAUAUUGAAAAUUUAUUAAUGUAACUUGUGAAUUAAAAAGAUUAAAUCCAAGAUAAAAUACAAAACUUAGAGCAUAAAAUAGAUGAUUUCACAUCUUAAAUAAAGAAAAAAGAAAGCGGGGAUUAGGAUUAAUACAACUCAUUAUAAAUAUAAAUUUAAAAUUAUGAAAAUUAAUUAAAAGUAAAGAUAAAUUUAGAACAAGAAAAUUUUAUUUUAAUUAAAGAUUAAUAAAAUAAAAUAUUAAAUUUGGAAUUAAUUUUAUCAGAAAUUGAAAAAAAACAUGAUAUGAAAAUUAUUCAGUAUAAGAAUAAAGUAAGUGAACUAGAGGCAAAGUUGUAAGAAUAGAUUAGUAAAGAUGAAUAACUAAUCAGUGUUUAAACAAAAAAUUAAGCAUUAAAAUAAGAUGAAGGAUAAGAUUAAGAAUACUAGAUUUUGAAUUCUAUAAAGGAUAAUUCUUUUUAGUAAACUUUUGAAUAAUAAGAUAACACUUCCUAAUUAGAACAUUAAUAAAAUGGGGUUGAGUUAAAAUUGAAUGGUGAAUAAAAAGAAUGUUAAUUAUAAAAUAAUUAGGAUGUUAAUAAAAAUUAAUUUGAGUAAAUAAAAUAGUAAAUUUAGGAUAUUUUGAGUAAAAUGUAAGUCAUAGAUUCAGAUAAAAUGAGAUAACAAAAUAAAAAAAAUUUGAAUAAAUAUUAAGGAAUAAUUGCUGAUUAGAUGGAAGAUCUCAAAAAUAAACUCUUUAAAACCAUAUUAUAAAUAAUAAAUACAUACGGAAAGGGUAAAAAUCAGCUUAAUGAUUUAAAGGCAUUAUUUUUUGAUAAAAAAAAGAUAAAUUUUCCUAAAUUGAAUGAGAUUAUUUAACAAAUUUAUUAAGAAAUUCAAACUUAGUAAUCAAAAUAAAAUCAGUAGAAUUUAAAUUAAAUAACUGAGAUAAAAUAAGAAACUAAGAUUAAAUAAGAACCUGCUAAACAAUAAAAUUAAAAUUUAACUAAAAGAAAAAAAUGA